AUGGAUGGAGAAAAUCAGACCAGGGUAACAGAAUUCCUCCUCUUAGGACUGUCGGGUGAGUCAGAGCAGGAGGAGGCUCUCUGCAGGCUCUUCCUGUGCAUGUACCUGCUCACCAUCCUCGGGAACCUGCUCAUCAUCCUGGCCAUCAGCUGUGACCCGCACCUCCAUACGCCCAUCCUGGUGGCCGUCUCCUGGGUCAUUACAAACCUGCACGCUCUCCUCCACACUCUGCUCAUGGUCAGACUCAACUUUUGUUCCCACAACACUGUGCGCCACUUCUUCUGUGACCCCUACCCUAUCCUGAAGCUCUCUUGCUCUGACACCUUUAUCAAUGACCUGAUGGUUUUCACUGUGGGUGCUGUGAUAUUUCUGACACCAUUUACAUGCAUUGUUCUUUCGUACGCCUACAUCUUCUCUAAUGUGCUGAAGUUGCCCUCAGCCCAGGGGAUAAGGAAAGCCCUGUCCACGUGUGGGUCCCACCUCACUGUGGUUUCCCUCUUCUAUGGGUCAAUCCUGGGGGUCUAUAUGCACCCUUCAUCCUCCUACUCACUACAGGACACAGUGGCCUCUGUCAUCUUCACAGUGGUGACACCAUUGUUCAAUCCCUUCAUCUACAGCCUGAGGAAUCGGGAUAUGAAAGGAGCCCUAAGAAAACUAAUUCUCAGAUGCUAG